AUGUAUCUUUUGGCCGCCCCCCGGAGCUCACGGGAGGCCCCCCCAGGGGCCAUCGGCUCAGCCCACGACCCGCUGCCCGGGAGUCGGGGGCCGGUGAGAGAGAAAAAGAAAACCGGCAAAGUACGAGCUCUGGCCAUCGCCGCACGCCCAGUCACGGAGCACCGCAGCCCGGGCCGGGCCGUCGGAGGCCGUCGGCUCAGCCCACGACCGGCUGCCCGGGAGUCCGGGGCCACAUUGGCUCUGGGAGGAACCAAACCAUCGUCACGCAGCAAAGCACCAUCCCUGCAGUUUGUCAAUGACAGAGAGAAUAUCGGACAGUACCUCCGUGACCUCUCUGAGGCAAAAAUGAAAAAGAGAACACAGCAGAAUUACCUCAAGAGCUUGAAACGAUUCUCGGUUUUCCUCACUGUCCAAACCAACCUGAGAAAUGAGGAUUUGCCACUCCAUAAAGAGUGCCAGUACUUCAUUGCCUUCAAUGAUUCUUUGCAGCACAUCCUUGCCAAGCACUCAAAGAAAGAGAUCACCCAAAAGAGGAGAAAAUGUGAUUCGCAUUCCAUAAUUGGGGUAAAGGAGCACAAGACAGCAGCACAGCAAGUGGCCGUGUUUACCCUGUCAGAGGAGGAGGAGCAUUGGUUGGAUGUGUACUACAGACUGGUGCGGCCACAGCUCCUGAGACCCACCAGGAAACACAAGAGGGAUGUGGAGGACGAGAUGGAUGGAGAAGAAAGAUUCUUCCUUUCCACCGCAGGGAGGCAGAUCCACAGUGCCUCCAAGGACCUGCACCGGUUGCACACAAGGUACAACCUCCCGUCAGUGACCAGCCAGAUGGCACGCAGAGUCUUUGAGACGGCAGCUAAGAGCCUGACAGAUUCUGAAAAAUCAAUGGUGGCCGAUUACCUGACCCAUUCCAGCGCAACAGCGGAGAAGCAUUACCGCGUUAAGACGAGUGGACAUGCUGUGACGGCUGCUGAGAUUAUGAAGGACAUGGGUGGUUUCUCAAGUUCUGAUUCUUCUGGGGAGGAUGCCAUCCCGGAACCUUCUGGGGAGGGUACCAGCUUUGAGUCUUCUGGGGAGAGUACCAGCCGUAGUACCUGUAGCACUGCCGGUUCUGCUACUGCUGUCAGAUCUUCGUCAGAAUCGGAAAAAGAAAUUCAGGCGUCAUUUCAAAUCCUACUUACGAAAUAUCCCGUGACAAUUGAUGGGCCAAAACCAAAACGGGAACUUCUAAAGGGUGUGUCUUGUUGGCGAAAGUUUUAUGAGCGUUGGGAGAAGAGGCAGUUGAAACUGCUACAAGAAUGUGUCCACUGAAACUUCCCUUGGCGUCAGCCAACACAUAACCAGCUCGAAGAAUGUGUUGCAAAGCAGGCAUGGGCCGGUAAAACUGGUAGCCAACGACUUCUUGUGAGGAGGACUCCCGUAGUCUGCCAGGCAUCAGCCUUCAGACAUUCUGUUGCAUGUCCCAGACCUGGUGAAAUGUAACUGAAUUGUCUUGGCCAGCUCUGCCUCGAUCUUCAUCUGAAUUCAGUGUAGCCGAAUUCAGAUGAGGGAUUUACUUCGGGGGUGCCCCGGGGUCGGGGCCGAGCCGGGGAAGGUGUCUCCAUGUUCCUGUGACGGAGCCCCCGUCCACGGGACCGCAUUAUGUCCCCCCAGAUGAGGGAUUUUGGAUUUCGCGAUUAACAAGACGAAAUAACGUUAUGACAUUACGUCUUGUUUUGGUCAACGAAAAUGAAGAGACAUUUUAGCAUAUUUUUUAUUUUAUAAACCACAUUUAGUCAUGUUUUAAUUCGUUUACAAUAAUGCAUUAUAUAUUUAAUUAACGUUAUCGUCACAUGACCAGCAUUUACGUUGCGUCUCGUCUCAUUUUUAUCACGGCGAGGAGGGUGAAGAGGAGGAAAGGCUUCUGCUAUCGGGUGUUAAAGAUGACUUCCAACCAGCACGGGCAGCUACUGAUGAAUUGUCUUGUGUAGCAUUGGCCCCAGCACUGGUCGUCGCCUUUUGGUGUCGAGGCAUAGUUCAUCUGUCGGACGAUCUCUGCGAACAGUUAGUUCGGUCAUCUGGUGCUAUGACGUAGUCACACGUCACAUGCGGUGUCAGGGGGAUUCGAGCCCGGGUCCACGGCAUGAGGGCAGCGGCGCUAUUCACUGAGCCAGCCGACGCCCAAUAUUUUUUUUCAUAUCUUUGUUUGCCCCAUUUUUAUUUUUAUUCACAGAGCUGCAUUCUUAUUUUAAUUGAAGCUGCUAUCCCUCUCUAAACACUUUCAUGCUUUAUUGAUAUUGCCAUCUGGUAUGGUGCUGUCACAUACUGUCCCUCCAUCCAUCGUCUACCCACUUAAGGGUCACGGGGGACUGGAGCCAAUCCCAUGGGCAAGAGGCGGGGUACAGCCUGGACAGGUCGGGUACAGCCUGGACAGGUCGCCAGCCUAUCGCAGGGCCACAUGCAGAGUCGGACGACCAUUCACUCUCACAUUCACACCUACGGUCAAUUUAGAGUCUUCAAUUUACCUAACCCAAUUCUGCAUGUCCAUGUCU